AUGAUCACCUGUGCGGAGAAAUUCCUAUGGCGCAUUGAAGCUGCAUUAGGAGCAGGAGGAGCAGAAAGUGCAGGCGGAUCAACAGGAAUUCCAACACCACGACAUGCGCCACUACGAGACGCAGUUCAACCAGGAGGAACCGAUGAGGCAGAAGAAACAACACAGGUUACAGCAGCAUCAAGUACUGCAGACUCCUUCCCCUCGGAGCGCGUAUUCCUUGUAGAGGUCGAGGCACACGCAGCGGGAGUUGCAGCAAGGUGCGUUGCAGCUCAUGAGAGGCUGGAAAGGCUGGCGCCUUUCGGCGCCAGCCUCACGCCCAGGACAGGACGUUAUUAA